AUGAAUGUGCCAUUUACAUGUAUGCCAUUAAAAAGGAAACAAGAGUUUAUUUACUUUGCUUCUGACAGUCACUGUUUGUCACCUGCAUGGAGAGUGAUCAAUUACCGAGAUCAGCCACAUGUCAUUCAUCCCUUACUGGCUACAGGUGUGAAAAUUUGGCACAUUAGAAAGGAAGGAUGCGUUUACCCUAAAUUUUCCCUCUUAAAUGCAUUGAAGGAAGUUCCAAAUGGCUCUUAUAUCAUUUUCAAUAUUGGAGAAAUUGAUUGUCGUGAAGGCCUUUUACGUGCAGUACACAACUGCAAGUAUGACACAAUAGAGGAAGCAAUUUCAGCCACUGUAGAAAUCUACAUUGGAUUUCUUCAGGAGCAAACAGAGCAGUGCAGUUUUGUGACUUUUGUCCACCCCAUAUUUCCUGUCUUGGAUGAAACCAGGGCUGUAGUGUUAAAAUUCAACCAGAAACUUGAAGAGCAUGUAAAGAAGUGCAGUGGGUUGCACUGGCUUAAUCUUUUGAAUGAAUUGCUUGUAAAGGAAAACUCUGAAUUCACCUGUGAAUACAAACUUGAUGGCACUCAUGUUCACCCAAAUUAUGUCUCGCUGUUGGAGAGGGUAUUGAAAGAGGCAUUUGAUUAG